CAAACUUUCAGUUCGAGGGCAUUGUGGGAAGCAGCCAUGGUCUGAGGCGGGCGCCUCACCUGUCAGCCUCCGGCUCCUGCGCUCGCCUUGCGCCCUGGUGACCCCCGCUCCACGCUCGCCGCUCGCUCCUGGGCGGCCGGGGGGAGGGGGCGGCGGAGGCCCGGCCACCAUGAUACAUUUCAUAUUGCUUUUCAGUCGACAGGGGAAAUUACGGCUGCAGAAAUGGUACACGACUCUCCCUGACAAAGAGAGGAAAAAGAUCACCCGGGAAAUUGUCCAGAUUGUUCUCUCUCGUGGUCAGAGGACAAGCAGUUUUGUUGACUGGAAGGAACUAAAACUUGUUUAUAAAAGGUAUGCUAGUUUAUAUUUUUGCUGUGCAGUCGAAAAUCAGGACAAUGAGCUCUUGACGCUAGAGAUUGUGCAUCGUUACGUGGAGCUGCUGGACAAAUACUUUGGAAACGUCUGCGAGCUGGAUAUUAUCUUUAAUUUCGAAAAGGCUUAUUUUAUCCUCGACGAGUUUAUAAUGGGUGGAGAAAUUCAGGAAACGUCCAAGAAAUCUGCUGUCAAAGCCAUUGAAGAUUCUGAUAUGUUACAGGAGACGAUGGAAGAAUAUAUGAGCAAGCCUACAUUUUAACCGCGCGUCUACUUGAAGACUCCCGAGUCCCCCACACUGUGAGCCUGUAAAUUAGCAGAACCUGCCGUCCAGUUCCUUGACGAGCUUCUGGCAGCAUGCCAAAAAUAACCUAAAAGGGAUCCUUCGUUAACUAGCAAUUAAGUUGUUUCACAUAACAUAUUUAUCGUUAUUACAUAUCUGUAUUAUGCUGUACGUAACUACUUACUGUGGCUCUGGAUGUUCAAGCAACUGCUUUAUGACUCAGUAGACUGGGUAUGUGUCUACAGGGCUUUAAUUCCAUGUGAUAUUUUUAAGCUAAUUUAAGUAAAGGUGUUGCAAUAUG